CAUGGAAAGUGUUAGGCUGCUGCCUACAGACUAACACCGGAUGAUGCCGUGAAUGAGGCACUUCCUUCAGCUUCCUUACAGCUGGUGACUUACACUGCUCAGGCAGGGAAAAUGCCAGUCUGUACCCAAGCGUGGAUGCUUCACUGCCAAGAUAAAAUGAGGACAGUGGCUGGCCAUGGCAAUACUUGCUUUUAGAGAAGAAAGAAAGGCGCCGCAUGAUUUGUGCGCAGCAUUCUCCGAGCACUAACCUCCCCUCACAUAGCUGCUGUUACAUUGCAUUCUUGUUGAUUUGAGGAACGUCUGCAAACAACUUUUCUCUGUUGGUCUGUGGAGUCAUGGUACGACACUGACAGAACAUCAUGCAUGCUAAUCUAAAUGCUUAUUAAGCCUCCUAGCAAGUGAUUUUUCAACUAGAGUACUUGUAUACAAUUCAGGAGAUGAAAAAUACAACUUUGUUAUGCUAUCCUUUUAAGGCUGUGCAAUGGCAAAACAAUUUGUCAUUCCAGUUCUGGCUAGGAAGAAGAGUAGACUGGAGCUGAAGCAUGCUGACCUUCAAGACUUCUGCGAGACCUUCACGUUUCUGCAGUUCACUAUCUUGACUGAAAAAACUACUGCUAAAACUCAUUGCUGAUUGUAUCACACACUUCCCAUACGUGUUCUUAAUAUUGCGUGUUACCUCUUCUAAUAUUACUCCUGUGUGUAACUCUACAAGCAUGCCGUGCGAACGCGUCCGCCUGUUUACAGGAAGUAAGGAAAGGUACCUUGCUUGCAGCAGCAAUAGAGAAUAUUCUAAGCACGCCGCACUGUAAUCUGCCUGGCCUAUUGCUGCCACCCGAGUUGUAACUGCAUGGAACACGGAGCUGUCAGCCACGCUGAGACCUAGAGCAGAAAUGUGUAUGAUUGCCUCAAGUCACUUCCUGCUCUUUCUGAUGCUUGAGGAGUUGCACGUUUACUAAGGGGCACAGGUACCUUAAAAAUAUUCCAGACAAACAGAAGUCCUGCGCCCAAACGUGACUUAGGUUUUUAUUUUAAAAGUUUCUUACUUGAGUCAGUCGGCUUCCUCCAACACCAGUGCCUAGGAGCAGAAAUCGCGGGGAGCAUUUGAAGAUUCACGCUGAGAAAGACAAAACAGCCAAUGGCUUCAGAAUCCUUGGUCUCCGAGCAGGGAAAGCAACAUCUGAUGAAGGGAAGAAGGCGGCCACAGCAGCAGCAAACGAGAUCUUCCAACGGUGAUGGUGAAGAUGACAUCUUCGUCUUUGAGGCGAAUGAGGCUUGGAAGGAUUUUCACAGCUCUCUUCUUCACUUCUUUGAAGCUGGAGAGCUCUGCGACGUGACGCUGAAGGUUGGUACAAAGCUCAUCUCCUGCCACAAACUGGUGCUAGCGUGCGUUAUACCUUACUUCAGAGCCAUGUUUCUUUCAGAGAUGGCUGAAGCCAAGCAGACUUUGAUUGAAAUCAGGGACUUUGAUGGUGACGCAGUAGAAGACCUCGUGAAGUUUGUGUACUCCUCCCGGCUUACGCUGACUGUAGACAAUGUCCAGCCACUUCUGUAUGCUGCCUGCAUUCUUCAGGUGGAACUGGUGGCAAAGGCAUGCUGCGAGUACAUGAAGCUGCACUUUCAUCCCUCCAACUGCCUGGCAGUCAGGGCGUUCGCAGAGAGUCACAACCGCAUCGACUUGAUGGACAUGGCCGAUCAGUACGCCUGCGAACACUUCACUGAGGUGGUGGAAUGUGAAGACUUUGUGAGAAUCUCACCUCAGCACCUGCAUAAACUCUUGUCCUCCAAUGAUCUGAACAUUGAAAAUGAAAAGCAAGUUUACAGUGCUGCUAUCAAGUGGCUGCUAGCCAAUCCCCAGCAUCACGCUAUGUGGCUGGAUGAAAUACUCGCACAGGUACGACUGCCUCUCUUGCCCAUUUGUUUCCUUAUGGGUGUUGUGGCAAAGGAAGAGAUUGUCAAGCAGAAUCUAAAAUGUAGGGAUUUGCUGGAUGAAGCAAGAAACUACCACCUUCACCUGAGCAGCAGGGCAGUGCCAGACUUUGAAUACUCCAUUCGCACAACACCAAGGAAGCAGACUGCUGGUGUGCUGUUCUGCGUCGGUGGUCGAGGAGGAUCAGGCGACCCAUUUCGCAGCAUUGAAUGUUACUCUAUAAAUAAGAACAACUGGUUCUUCGGCCCUGAAAUGAACAGCAGGAGAAGACACGUGGGUGUCAUCUCCGUGGGAGGUAAAGUCUAUGCAGUAGGUGGACAUGAUGGAAAUGAACACUUAGGAAGCAUGGAAGUGUUUGAUCCUCUCACAAACAAGUGGAUGAUGAAGGCAUCGAUGAACACAAAGAGGAGAGGAAUCGCUCUUGCCUCCCUUGGUGGCCCCAUUUACGCAAUAGGAGGCUUAGAUGACAACACGUGCUUCAGCGAUGUGGAAAGAUAUGACAUUGAGUCUGAUCGAUGGAGUGCGAUAGCUCCCAUGAACACUCCCAGGGGAGGAGUUGGCUCCGUAGCCCUCAUGAACCACGUUUACGCUGUGGGUGGCAACGAUGGUGUAGCAUCUCUUUCCAGUGUGGAGAAAUACGAUCCCCAUUUGGAUAAGUGGAUAGAAGUGAAAGAGAUGGGCCAGCGGAGAGCUGGCAACGGUGUCAGCGAGCUCCACGGUUGCUUGUACGUUGUUGGUGGCUUUGAUGACAACUCUCCACUGAGCUCUGUGGAACGCUUUGACCCACGCAGCAACAAGUGGGAAUAUGUCGCAGAGCUUACAACUCCAAGGGGUGGAGUCGGCAUAGCAACACUGAUGGGGAGAAUUUUUGCCGUGGGAGGUCACAACGGCAACGCAUACCUGAAUACAGUGGAAGCAUUUGAUCCCAUAGUGAACAGGUGGGAGCUCGUCGGCUCUGUGUCGCACUGCAGGGCUGGGGCAGGCGUGGCUGUGUGCUCCUGCCUCAGUAGCCAGAUCCGUGACGUGGGCCAAGGAUCCAGCAACGUUGUUGAUUGCAUGUGAGCUCUGCUGCCUCCUCCAAACUCCAGAGGAGUCAUUGUACAGAGGCACUACAGAGCUUUUAAAUUUGGUGUUUUGUGUGGUAGGUUAAGAAAUAAACACUAUACAUUUUCUCUGUGAAAAUGUUACCUUCUGUGACUUUCAGGCUUUGGGUGGCUUUCUGACAACAGCUAUACAGAAAAGCCUGUGAAAACACAGAAUAACAGUAUGACUUACAGGAGAAAACCUGCCAAGAGCUGUAAUCAUCCCGUCUUUGAGAAGCUGCAAUUUCAGUCACUGGAGGCAGCUGCUGCAGCGACUCAUUAUUGAACUGUAAACCAGGCAUGGGAGGGUGAGGAAGAGAGAGCAGCAGGCAGUGCUGCCAAGCCUUACCCGACAGCCCUGCUGCAUGUUUCUGAAGGACCAGAGUGCUGUUUAUUAAUGUAACUUAUUUUCAGGAUUCAAGUCUUAAGCAUUUCCUAAUUGUAGAAGAGCUCUGAAACACAAAGCCUUCCAAGUUUUAGAAGGUAACGACAUCCGCGUUUCUCAUGAAGCUAACUGGAGUACAGAAGUUAACUGCACACCUCCCAGGGGACUGUUGGCUGCGGUGGGAACUGCAGGUAUUCUUUCUCAGGCCCACACACUUGCUAGAAAGCUGAAAUUUAGCCUCAGCCUGAAUUGAGCCACUGUACUACUCAAAUUAUUUUAUCCUCAAUAAAAUCUGUAGUAGUGACGCCCUCCAAAAGACAAAUUUCUAUAGAGAGAUCGUUCCAAAAGUAACCAAUGUAAUUUGGCCUUCUUGAGAUGUGUGCCAGAACGUAGGCUUCAGUGGUCUCAGAAUUACCCUUUUCAGACUAAAGGGAAACAUAAUGAAGUUGCAGUGUUUGGUUAAGACCUUUAAAUGCAGCUCUAGGAAAUGACACGUCCAAUUUCAGUACCCAGUAACAACUCCGUGGCAAUAGUAGGGGUGCUGGCUCUUUUAAGAUCAUUCAGCUAGAAAGAUCUCUCCUCAAAGCAGUUUCAUGGCUUAAAGCUUAAAUAAACCAAAGAGAACCAGCAGCAAGAACAAGUGGAAAUAAGCAGUACUUACCUUAAAGACUAAAAUAGGAACUUGACACUGCUCCGUACAAAGACAUCUUGUUACACAGUCACAAACCUUGAACACGAGGUCAAGUCUGGCUGGAGAGACCACAGUGUCCUGGUCUGCAUCACCGCCAACAGGCUGAGACUGACGCCCCGCGGUGAGCAGGGCCCCACGGUGCCACCGUGUUCAAGUGACCAGGGAGUGCAGCAAACUUCUGUGCCUUCAGUACCAGGGAAGAGGUGCGACCACCAGCAUAAAAGCACAGCCACCUUUUACUGUUGUGUUACCAUCAUUUAGCUUUUCAGUUUCAAACAGCUUGCACGUGGGUAGCACCCAGGGACAUAACAAACGGUACUGUAAAUAAUUAAACACUGCAAUAAAACGUUUGUACUUCACCUUGUUUAUAGUGUG